AUGUUUGAACCUAUUGGUAGGAAUAUACUUAGCCUCGUAAGGUUAUUUUUGUAUCGCGGUGGAGCUGCUGAAGCUCCUGGAGCCAAACCGCGAUUUUUCUGGACUGGAGUGGAUUUGAAGGCUCCUCCAGUCCACUCCAGGCCAAUAAGAGCACUGCUAGCAACAAACUCCCUCGCGGCAAGUCGGUCUCCGAUCGUUACUGGCCGAAUGAGCCCGGAGCCCCAAAAUUGGAGCUAUACAAUACGAAAGGAUCUCAACUCCGUGGCUGCAUAUGUUCUACACUUUCACACCUGUGAAGGAGCUGUAUCACCGUACAGGGCACCCAUCCACGUGAUAAUUGAACGGCGCGAUCAGUCAUUACCACCAUCAUUUAGCCUCCACCUCGCGCUGGUGGUCCGUUUUUGUGCCCCCAAGAGGGAUUUCGAAACAGACACUGAAGGUAGUGAGAUGAGAGGUAUGAUACUUUGGAGGUAUUGUGGCACCGGGCAAGUCCGGUCACAGCAUGGCUUCCGGCUUCCACUGAGACCUUGGCCGAAAGUCGGUCCGAGGUGUAUAUUUCUAGGAGCUUCCUACGAAAGGAGCUUACUAUCAAAUUGCGAGCCAGAAUUUCAACAAGAAUGCUCGCCAAGACCUUUGGGACGAUAUUACAUCAGCGUUCUCUGCAAAGAAGGCGGCGGAUGCAUUUGGUUCCAAGCGCAUAGGAAGCCAAAGAGCACACGAAUCAAUCUGGAGAGCCAUCUUUAAGGACGACAUAUGGCUUGAGCUUGCACGUGGCCCACCACUCAAC